UCGAGCUUGCAUUGGGAUUCUACACGAGGUCGAUGGGAGUACUCACACACUCAACCCGUCAGAUUCAUCCUUGCCUUGUUGCCGUAAGGACCCACCUUUGCGGCCCGCUCUCACUAGCAGCGCACGGCCAUAUCGGUGAUAAGCCAUCAGCAACUUUCGAAACUUUUGUUCGCAAAAACCAGACACUUUCACAUCUCUCUCUCACCGUCCAUACGAAACCAUCAUCAACAACAUGGCAACAACAUCCUCUCCCGACAACGGUGAAGCGCAACCCUACACCUUCGACCUCGGCAACCUGCUCAUCCAAGACCCCAACCCUGUGCCCUCGCACACCACCCCCAGCGAAAAAGAAUCCAUCCUCAGCGCCCUCGCCCAAAAAUGCGCACAAGCCCUAAUCCACCAACUCCUCUCACAACCCAUCACGCGCGACGACAAAGACGGAAGUUUACAAAUUUCCCUCCCAGCCCCCGAAUUCCCCUUGCCUCGCGAAAAACCCAUUCCGAAAGAAAAAGAAAAGACCAAAUGGGAGAAAUUUGCCGCCAAAAAGGGAAUUAAAGCUUCGAGAAAGGAUGGAAAGAAAGUCUGGGAUGAGGAGAUGGGUGAAUGGAGAGAUAAAUAUGGAUUUGGAGCGAGAGUGUUGAAGAGAAAUCCGGGAGAGGUGGAGAGGGAUUGGGUGCAGGAGGUGGAUGAGAAAAAGGAUGCUGCGAAGAAGGAGGAAGGGGAGAAGAAAGGGCAUGGAGGGAAACGUAAGGGAAUGGGCGAUAAUGCGAAUCGGGACAGAAAAUUGUCCAAGAAGAGUCGGAAGUGAUGAUUCCAAGCCCCUCACCACAAUUUGUGAGGAGGGUGUGGAAAUAAAAGGUAUACGCGCAUAUCUCAGGAGGGUAGAGAACUAUUUACCAAGGUCGAGGUAGUUCGGAGAGGGCAUUUCUUGGGUUCGGGACCUCCUCUUUUUCCAACAAACCUUCGACAACAGGUUCGCCAAAGUGACAAUGGCCUCCAUGAGUGUGUGUGUGUGUGUGUGUGUGAGAGAGAGAGUAAUAUGUCGGCAAAAGCAAACUACUCUGUCUGCAUUUGCGACCAAAAGAACAACAAAAACUGGUUGUCUCUCUCACGAGAAGAUGAUUGCAUGAUACCUGAGCGAGAGGAAAUUCCGUGUGCGGAAAAGCUGCGCGCAUCGAAGAUAUACGACCGCAAAUCAAAAACCAAGCGAGAGAGAGAGAGAGAGAGAGAGAGAGAGAGAGAGAGAGAGAGAGAGAGAGAGAGAGAGAGAGAGAGAGAGAAAGAGAGAGAGAGAAAGA